UAACCUUGACAAGAACCAACCAAUCUCGCCAUCACCAUCACCAUCGUAUGUCUUCCUAUCAUCCCGCUGCGUCCGCGAGGCCUGCACAGUCGGUCACGAAGCAGUCCAAGUCACGUGCAUCGAAGCCCCCACCUUCAUCGACAAAGUCAGGUGCACCGAAGCCUCCACACUCGUCGGCAAAGAAGGGUACCCAGGUUGUAUCAAUGCACGGGUACUCAGAGUUUGUCCAGUCGUUAACUGGGGAACAGUAUGACAUAGCUAGUCAAACGACAAUUCGUGAAACUCUGAAGACUCCCGCAAUGAACGUUAGGAGAGUUUUGUGCCAAGAGAUUGCUAGCACAUACGAUUCACAAGUUGACGCAUUUGUAAUACGCGGGGUACCUAUGAGAAUAACCUUGCAAGACGUAGAACACAUCACAGGCCUACCUAGCAUGGGGAGGGACUUUGUCCCUCCUCCGUUCAAAGAAGUGCAGGACAUAUGGCUUGAUUUAAAGGAUCCUGAAGAUAACAAACUGACCUUGAAAGGUCUUCGUAAGAAGAUGAUCGGCGAAGAGAGGCCACGGUUUGUGAAGCCUUACGUCUUGUACACUAUUGGCAAGUUGGUUUGCCCAACGACACAACCUUAUGUUGAUCCCAAAUAUUUGGGAAUUGUCGUGGACAUACAUACUAUAAACUCCAUAAACUAUGCUAAACUAUCUCUCGACCACUUAAUGUCAAGUGUGAGGAAGUUUGUGAAUGGUGCCGCGAACUUGGAGGGGAACCUCCCACUACUGCAGACUUGGUUCUAUGAGAAAUUCCGAGUCGACCAUAUUGAUCGCACUGUUUCAUACCUUCAACGAGAUAAACCAUUGAUCCAAUACUGGGACGAAGCAAAGGCUGGAGAGGUCGACAAAAUAAUAUCGCAGAACUACGUAGAAGUAGGACAGAUGGUUGAGGACCUCAGACGCCCUUGGAAGCCAGUGCCCAAGGUUUCACAUCAACCUACAAAGUCUGCUUUUGAGGUCGAUGGGACACUAGGCCGCGUACUCGCCCAGGUGGGAGAGAUAAAAGCAAUAGUGUCUCAGCAAUACUCAGAGAUUUCCGCACAACUGGACGGAGUACAAAGGCGCCAGAAGCAAAACAGCAUGCGCUUGGAGGACUUCAUUUGUGCAUUCAAUGAUCAUCGAUUUGGCGUAGGACAGAAGGACUUUAAUGAGGGUCAGAGAGUUAAUAAUAUCAAGAAAACCUCAAAGAAUGUUGCUGCUAGUACAAAUGAAGUGCCAAAGUGUGUCUACAGCAACCCCAGCAAGAACCUUGCUGGGGAAUUUGAGAAGGUAAAGAAAACACCUGUGGACCCCCACAAAGGAAAAACAGACAGAGAUGACGCUGUGGACUCAUUUGGUAAGCGUUUUAAGAGUGACAGCAAGAACUUACCCUCCCGAUCUGAGAAGGUGAAGAAAACAUAUGUACACCCCCAGAAGUCAAAGACUGAAAGAGACGAUAGCAAGAACUUACCCUCCGAAUCUGAGAAGGUCAAGCCUACGUCCAUGGAUGCCAUGGACUCCAUAGGGAGGCGUGUCAGGCAUGAUGGCCGGAAGAAAAAGAAGUCCUCGCUCCUUCAGAGCGAGGAGUAUGAAUUUUACACCCCCGCGCUCAGAAGGAAAAGAGCUCUAUCUCAACAGACACAUGACAGUAACGAUGUUAUGUACACACAGAAUAAGAAGAUGAAUCCCGGGAAAAGCAACGGCCAGCAGCUAAAACAGCUCAAGGAGGACUUGAUCAAUUUUCAGGCAGAAACAGAUCGAGUUACACAGAAUAUAGUAGCUGAUUUUGUAAACAGUACUCCUGAGACAGCCAAGUUGGUGAAAAUCAAGGACAUACUUCUAACGCAGAAGUAUCUUAAAUGCCUUACAACACCAGAUCAAUCCUCCUUUGCAGCUUGGGUGGAUGACGAUGUACUCGAUGCGGCAAUUGAACUCCUACGUUUCGACGGACUAGAAGGUGUACGAGAUCAUGGUACCGUGUAUGUCGAAAGGUCUACCAUCGUCAACAUCCUGAAGAGAGAUGGCACAGUCCCGAAUUGUACCUUGGAUGUUUUAAGCGGCAAAUCAGGCACUAAAUGGGGAGAUAACUACCUGCAACAUGACAUGAUUUUCCUACCUUCAAAUAUUCCCAAGAACCACUGGUUCCUGGCUGUUGUCAACUCCCAAAAGAGGGAGAUUCAAAUUCUGGACUCACUCCAAUCACGCAACAACCGCAAAGAAGUAAUUGCUGCGCUUCUUGGAAUGGAAACACAUAUUGAUAUAGCAGUGAUGCAAAAUGGAAUGCAAGGAAGUACAUGGCCGGACACUCAAGUGGCUUCGUGGCCUAUCAAAGACUAUGAAGUGCCACAGCAAACAGAUGGCUGUUCCUGUGCUCUCUGGGUGUUGAAAUUCAUCCAAUAUUGGACCGGAGUGAGAUUGUCGGCUAUAUUCAACCAGGAUGACAUAAGACAGUUCAGAAGAUGGCUUGCUGCUGCCUUGCUCAAUUCACCUCACAAUGAGUUGAAAGUUCGGAAGGCCAUACCAGCAGUUGAUUUAGAAGAUGAUUUAGAAGACCUCGACCUCGAAGGUGACGACGGACACAACGACAGCGGAGAUGUCUCAGGAGACGAUGGUUCCGCACUAUAGUUGUAUGGCGCUAGACUUAGGGUAGAGUUAAUAGGAUUGGGCGUGGUGUGGUUUUUGCCCCGAAGAAGGUUUCCACACCGUUUUCAGUUUUAUUACUUUAUCUAUACAGCGGAGAUGUAUCAAACAAUUUUUUUGGUUGUGCUACUUCA